AUGGUAGACAAGUGGAACCUUGACGCAUACGUUGGCAUGUACACUCGCAUCGACAACACGAAUGCCGGCAUUGUCAAUUUUAUCGACGUCACCUUCCCAAAGUGUUUGCUCGCAUCGGCAUAUUGCUUCCCAAAGACGGGGGACCUUGGCGAAUUCGACACCAUGACAUGGAUGAGUUUCGAUCACACCGACGGCAAGAUCACUUCCUUCAAUUGGGACGCACCCGACAAUCCAUACGUUGGUUCGGACGUUAUGUUCACUCGAUCAGAAGACAAGACGUGGGCAAAUGUAGCUGCACCAACGGCGCCACUUCUCCGUCUCCCGACCGAAAUCAGGCACAAGAUAUAUGAAUACCUCUUUCCUCAUCCAAACAUCUCUGCCGUCCUGAGCAAGAAGAAAGUCGUCUGCAAGUUCUCUGGUGCGGGUGGCGAGGAAGUGCAUACGGACGCAAUCAACUCAGUUUGCCGGCAACUGUACCAAGAGACAGCGGGGUUCUGGCUUACUCAAGCCAACGUCACCAUGGUCCGAGCCACAUUGGCACAAUUGAUACGUGGGCCAGAUGAGAUCUUCUUGGGACGUAUGAGAGAAGUCACUUUGAUUACUGGCUUCCAGCGUCUGAUGAGCAAGAAGGACUUUGACGCUCGACUGUGCCCUGUUCUUGACCUCACAAAGACAUUCACACAGUUGAGGAUAAAGAUCAAGUUUGACGAUUAG